AUGCUGCUCACCUUCCGCGGACCGACUACGAUAUACAGCAACGUCACGCAUCCCGUUCCUAACCCAUCGCCGGCAGCGCGUACGCAGCACCUGCUCGAGCUCGCAGACAAGUAUGUCUUGCCCGUUUACGCGCGGCCGCCUAUCGUGCUCGAGAAGGGGAAGGGGAGCUGGGUGUGGGAUUUAGAAGGGAGGAAGUAUCUAGAUUUCGCUGCUGGUAUCGCGGUCAACGCGUUGGGACACGCGGAUGAUGGCGUGGCGGAGACUCUGUAUAAACAGGCUGGCAAGCUCUUGCAUGCGUCGAACGUUUACCACAACGAGCAUGCCGCCCCUCUCGCUGAACUCCUCAUCACCUUGACCCAGCGGGAAGGUGGUCUCGGUUAUCCGACCGGCUCUACCUCACCUACCAUCGCCGAUGGCGCCAAGGUUUUCUUUGCAAACACCGGAACAGAGGCGAACGAAGGUGCGCUGAAGGUCGCGCGGAAGGUCGGAAAGGCGCGCGGCGGAAAUGAUAAGUUCGAGAUUGUGUGUUUCGAGCAAUCAUUCCACGGGCGCUCGCUCGGCGCUCUAUCUAUCACUGCGAAUCGCAAGUACCAGGACCCGUUCGCGCCUCUGUUACCAGGCGUGCGUGUGGGGAAGCUGAACGUCCGCGAGGGCCUGGAAGACCUUAUUGGGGAGAAAACGUGCGCAGUCGUCCUAGAGCCGAUUCAAGGCGAGGGUGGUGUCAAUGCGGCGCAAGUAGAUUGGGUCAGGGAAGUGGUGAGGCGCGCGCGAGAGGUAGGCGCUGUGGUGAUUUUCGACGAGAUUCAGUGCGGCCUGUACAGGACAGGUACGCUUUGGGCGCAUUCUCCGUGGCCAAUUGAAUGUCACCCGGAUAUUGUCACGAUGGCAAAGCCGCUGGCCAACGGGUACCCCAUCGGAGCGGUGCUGAUGAAGGAUGCAGUAGCAGAGGUUAUGACAGCUGGGACGCACGGAACGACAUUCGGGGGCUCGCCACUGGCUUGCGCGCUGGGACACCAUGUCCUGAGCCGACUGAGCUCGCGGGCGUUCGUGUCACACCUGAUGGAAACAUCGGGAUAUCUGGUCGGGCGCCUAGGCCUGCUGUCGGAAUGGUUCCCGGAAAAGGUUGGGCCGGUUCGGGGCCGAGGCUUGAUUGUUGGAUUGGAAUUGAAGCGGGAGGGCGACCCAGGACGACUGGUGGAGCUCGCACGGGAGCGAGGGGUGCUGUUGCUGACUGCGGGGAAGGACUGUGUGAGGCUGGUGCCGAGUUUGACCGUGAGCAGGGACGAGGUGGGGAUUGCGAUGGACGUGAUGGAGAGCUGUCUCGCGCUGAUGUGAAACUCGCUGUAUCACGUGCCCCAGUAGCGACCAAUGGGACAGCGAUCAUUUUCUG